CACCCAAAGCGGACACAGUGUGACAGCGCCGAUAUAUGGUAUACCAGCGAGCCUAUGGGGAUAAAUUUCCUCGCGGGCAUGUUGCCUCGCAUUUGCAAAGCAGCCGGCACCGAGACCAUCUACACUAAUCACUGCCUGAGAAGCACCACAGUGCAAAAACUGUCCCAUGCUGGCCUAGAGGCACGGCAGAUUAUAUCUGCGACGGAAUAUAAGUUCAGAACAGCAAUGAAGAGGUCGUCGUCCAGCAGCUCUCCUCCUGCUCCCAGCAGAGCCACCAGUGAGAGGAGCAUUAAAGUCUCAAGAAAUGAAAUGCAGGCCCUGAUCCAGCAGGAGGUUCAGAGUGCAGUGAGGCUGACUGAAAUGAAGCUGGAUUGCUUGGUGGAGAAAAUUCAACAGAUGGAGAGUGAAAUCAUGUAUGAGAGCGCCAUCCACAAACUGGAGGCAAAAGUGAAGAGGGUCAAGAGGAGAGGAGAUGAAGCACUUGCCUACAUCAAGACAUUGGGGUUCAACGGGCGCCAAGACAGCACAUCGGAAAUGGCUGGAGACACAUCAACAAAGUUAGACAUCGGCAGGUCAGAUUCAAAGGAAGAAGUCAUGGAAAUCGUAUCAGUCAUGACCAAGAAGAGAGAGGAAGACAACCUAGAGCUCUUCAAAACAGUGGAAACCACCAAGAAGGCACUUAAGAAAUUGCAGGAAGAUAGAAAAGUGUUGAAGGCUGCCAUAGCAGAUAUAAGCAGUGAGCUGACUACUUCACACAGCAGUCAUACCUCUCCUCCUCUAAAGAAGCUGUGCAGGUUAAAGCAGGAAUCCGAUGUAUGUCCAGUGGAGGAGCUAAGGAAGGUUAAAGUAGAGGAGGAGGAGUACAGCUCUGUCGUCAGAGUGGAGUACCCCCCUAAUGAAAAUCACACAAGCUCCAAACAAUCCGAGCGGGGCGAGCUGUCGUACCCUCCUCUCCCUGACACCCCCUUCCCCUCCGUCCUGAGCAUGGAGGCCGCCUCCUACAACAUCCCACAGAGACUGACCCUGCAACUGGCCCUCAUCAAGAACCCCCCCGGCCUGUCUUUGCUCUGGAACGUGGAGGAGGAAGACCCUUCAGCGCCCCCCAUGGACAGCUACAGCAUCGUCAUGACCGUGGAGAAAGUUAAGGGUUCCAGCAUCUUCCCAGAAUGGAAAACUCUUGGUGAGGUAGCAUCCAUCCCUUUGCCCGUGUGCCUGAUGAUUACGAACUGCAAGCCAGGGUACAAGAUGUGUUUCGCCGUGGUGGGGAAAGACAAGUUUGGCCGUUAUGGACCCUAUAGCAAAGUUGUACCUGCCAUCAUACCCGAAUAGUUGGGAAACAUUUUUGGGAUCCAAGGACGGAGACUGCAGUGGGAUCCAUGACUAAGACUGUCCCACUGGCCUGGAGAGAAGAAGUGUGCUGGGCUUCUGGAAAUUCCAUCCAGGGAAAAUGCAGGGAGUAUACCUCACUGUUUCAGCAGUAAUUUUAAAGAACACGUCUUCUGCUGACUAUCUGCAACUUCUGUAUUAACAGUGUUUUAUACAGUGUGCCAGUUGUUACCUUUUUUCCAGUGUUCAUAUUGUUUUGAUUCAAAAACAUGUUUUCAUACAUUUCUGAAUAUGUGUAUGGUGGGGUGUCACUUAAAAAGCAAGCAGAGAACAAGACUUUCAAUGCGCUCUCCUUACUUUGUACAUUGUUUUAUUAAUUUGUGCCCCAUCGGAGAUGACGGAGGUGUACUCAUGUGGGUGGUUUUAUAAAUGCACAUGCUCAGAUGAAACUGAAUGCAGACCAGGGGAGCAAACUCAGCUCACAGUUUGAAGACUGUCAUUUUUAUGCUGGAGAUAAAGGCUAAUAUGGUCCUUGAAGGGUUUACAUUUUUAUGACACCUGGAUGCUCCUGGAGGGUCAGAAUUCAAAAAUCGACCACAGGUAUAUCAUGUUUGUUUAGGACGAUUUUGUUUAAACUAUCUUGUCCUUAGAGUGCCAUAUCACUAUAACAUUUACUUCAAAUAUGGCAUCACAUGAAAAUAAAAAUCUCCAAUCCUUUUUGCCAACAUGCAAAGCAACAAUAGCCUUAAAGUUAGUAAGCUAAGUAAGUAAGCUAGUAUCACUAGCUUACUCACCAGGUUGUGUCACAUUUCUGCUGUUUUAUGUUGUUGAAUUAUUUUUACUCUUUUUUUGUCACAUCAAAAUCAACAGAAACCAAAAUCAGGCCUUUCUCUGCCUCAUACUGAUCGGCUGGGCUGUUGAUAAAAUAAACACUUGAAGUUUUCUGAAUUUCUUUCAGUGAAGGAAUGGAAUUUGUUCAGAAGAAAUGUAAAAUAUAGACUGGCUUUUGAUGUCAAUAAAGUUGUCUCAAAGUCACAUUACGCAAGACUCUCCAACAGUCUUUGUGAAUAUGCAGUUAACUAACUGCAUUAUUUGGAUGUUUUAUUUAUCUCUUUAUCUGAAUGACUGGUUCUGCAAAGGGUGAUUUCCUGAUCCAAGCAUUAAAGGUUCCCCAUGUAGUUUGUGACCACUAGUGGCGCUGUAGUGCACACUAGGAAAAUCAUUUGUUUAAAAUGUCAGGAAGAUGAGAAUAAACUGUUGUUUUGCAUUGGUUAUGCCCCU